AUGUCGUCCGUGGAACAUGUGUAUGAGGAGGUUUCCGCUCGAGCAUCAUCGCCACUGCUGCCAUACUUGAGUGCAUUCGUAGUCUUGGUGGUGUCCGCCAAGACGUGCGGGCUUCUCUCGGCGCCGAAGCAGGGCACGGCGUUUCGUUUCGGCCCCGGAGAGGGUCAACAGAAGGUGUGUGAUGGUGAGGCCGUGAUGCGCCUCGGAGCAACGAGCUACCUUGCUCGGCAAAUGCUCAUCUGGAGCGAGAGCGACGUCGCCAGAGUCGGCGCCCUUGUGGUGGAUUCGUGCGCCAGACGGUGGGGGAUCAAGGACUUGGUUACGAGUUGCGGCGGUGUUCCUCUGGCGGUGGCAACGAUAGCUUUUUUAGUCGGAGUCAUCAUGGCGAAUCUGUUCGUGCCGCACAGCCUUGUGGCGUUCACUACCGCUGCGGACGUUCGGACGGCUUGCUAUUGUCUCGGGACGUCGCUCUUUUACGUGGUGGGUGCGUGCGCGGUGGCAACCCUGAUCGGCGCGGAGGCGGGACUGUUCGCCGUCACGGUUGUUAUAUUCCACGUGUAUUGGGUGAGUCUUCUGUACGGCAAUAUCGCCCUCAGUUUCCCUCGCGACCACUAUGCUGGUGGAGUGAACGAGAGGGACGACGAGUGGGAGCAGUUGCUCAAGGCUGUGCGGCGGCGGGGCAUCGGCCAGACAGUGCUGGGCAUCAGUGACGAGGGGUUGCUUGCUGGUUGGCGGUAUUUGUCUCCCGCAAAGCAGAAAGAAUUUUCCCCCCUGGUGGCGUCCUUGGUGCGAGGGGACAAGGCUAAGUUGGAAGUUCUCGGGGACGUGAGAAUGGAAAACGGAUAUGGCAUGUUCCACAGAAACUGGGUUGGUGUCAAGCCUCCCAUUGGAUUGACGAGAGAGAACGAUGUUAUCGAACCGGUGUACGGCGGAGAGUCGAUGGACUUCGCUUUCAAUCAUGCCGCCUUGAAGCGGAAGCUUGUUCAGGUUGGGCUAGACACCACGGCCGGGACCAACUCGACAAACCCUGUUUACGGAAAUGAGGGCACCCUCCCUGUGUUCUACGAGCAGGAAGAAGAUUGUCUCGACGAGCACGGCGUGCCGAAGCUUUCACUUCUCUGUGUCCAGCCUUUUCGCCAUGCGAGGUGUAGAAAGCAGCAACAGGCAGGGACUGGCUAUUGCAGGUCGUCCGGCCCGCCACCGGUCACCUUAGAAGAGGCCUGGCUACUCCUGUUUGCGGCGCUGUGGGGAUCUUGGAGCUGUCUAGGUUGGAUGGAAUGGGACGGGGUGGGCGGGGAACCCCCGGCGAACGAAUCUGCCCUCGUGUUUUGCGUGUUCAACGCCUUUUUGUCUCAGCGUGUCGAGUAUCUGUGGGCGUAUCGGGCAACCCCUCUGUUGAUCAAGCGCUUUAUCGCGAAGAACACGGCCGUGGUCAGGGUUAUCUGGAUCUUGCUCGCCUUCUUCGUGUUCACCAAGGUCGAGAAGGCUGCCCUGUAUGUUGUGUUGCUUGUCUACUUGGCCGUGAUCGUUCCGGUGAGGUGGGUGGAACGUCGAAAUUGGGCCGACGAUGAGUGCUGGAGGUGGGGGGUCGAGGAUGGCAAACCCGUUGGCACGUUCCCUGUUUGGGCCGAAACCAGCGACGGCAACGAAGCGGCGCAGUGGACUGAGUCUUGCAGAGGGCUGACUGUGCCACGUGCUUUGAUCGCCCCUGUCGAAAACUGA